AUGAAGGUGGAAGGGUUACAGGAAGAUGGAGAGUCCGGCUCGGUGUCUUCGGCGGAUCAGGCUGCCAGCGGUGCCGGCGGGUUGAUGUGCAGCCCCGGCUCGGCCGAGCGCUGCAUGUCGCGGCUGCUGAGUGCCGUGGAGAGCGAGCUGCAGGCCGGCCGGGAGAAGGGCGACCCGACAGAGAGGGAGCUGAGAGUGACCCUGGAGGACGCCGAGCUGUGGAGGAAAUUCCAGCACAUCACUAACGAGAUGAUCGUCACCAAGAAUGGACGUCGUAUGUUCCCGGUCCUGAAGGUGAGCGUCUCCGGUCUGGACCCCAGCUCCAUGUACUCCUUCCUGCUGGACUUCGUGCCGGCCGAUAGCUGCCGCUGGAAGUUUGUGAACGGGGAGUGGGUGGCGGCCGGCCGUGCAGAAGGCCGCAGUGAGGGCCGGGGCCACGGCGGCAUCUACAUCCACCCCGACUCUCCGAACUUUGGAGCUCACUGGAUGAAAGCGGCCGUGUCCUUCAACAAAGUCAAACUCACCAACAAGGUGAACGGAGGAGGGCAGAUCAUGUUGAACUCUCUCCAUAAAUACGAGCCUCAGCUCCACAUCGUGUGCGUCGGCUCUCGCCAUCGCCUGGUUUCCAACAUUUCCUUCAAAGAAACUCAGUUCAUCGCUGUCACAGCCUACCAGAACGAAGAGAUCACGGCACUGAAGAUCAAAUACAACCCGUUCGCUAAAGCCUUCUUGGAUGCCAAAGAGAGGAUCCCGGGUGGGCGGAGCCUGCCUGAGUCAUCAGAGAGCCUCGUUGGGAUUCAGUCCUGCUGGUCGCUGUGCUCAGCUGGAGGGGGCGGAGCUUUUCCUUAUGGCAGCAGCCUCCCGCUGACAUCACAUCAUCACCAUGGUUAUAAACCCCACGGGUACCCUGGGAGACACACGCCUUACCCCACGGCCUAUCUGCCGCACCGCUCACACUCCUCCGUGUGUCUGUCUGAGGGUGUUCAGGUGAUAUCUGAUGGAUGGAGCACCUCCUCCCCUCGCCCCACCUCCUCUUCCUCAUCACCCUCCUCAGCCUCCCUUCCCCUGAGUAGCAGCGCCCCUUCCUCACAGCCUCCUCCUCCUCACAGCUCCAGUCAGUACCCCUGUCUGUGGACGGUUGGAUGCAGUGAACUGAGCCCCUCCCACUCGCCAUGCGCCGGGCUCCACCACGGACCAAUCAGCAGUGAGGGACUCAUGCAGCCUCCUAGUCACACUCGAGUGGGUGGAGCUGGAUGGCCACCUGGUCCCACCCACUCUUUCUGA